UAUAUCGAGAACCAGAUUGAGAACCAGUUUUCACACCAUUACUUAGUAUCAAAAACAAGUUCACUUUUGUGUUGCCAAGUUUGACUUUAAUCGCCUCCGAGUAAACGCGUCUAGUAUUGUCCUUUCCCUUUGUGAUCCCUUAAAAAAUCAAAUAAUCACAACUUCAAAAUUCAAUAUCCAGUCAACCAAAUUCCAAUUUCUUUCACCAAAAAAAAAAAAAAAUUCCGAUUUCAAACAUCUCAAUCUCUCUCUCUUCAAUGGAUGCCAUAGACUCAGUCGUCGAUCCUCUCAGAGAAUUUUCCAGGGACAGCAUUCGCCUUGUUAAACGGUGCCACAAACCCGAUCAAAAAGAGUUUUCUAAGGUUGCAUUCCGUACGGCAGUCGGGUUUGUAGUGAUGGGGUUUGUUGGAUUUUUCGUGAAGCUCGUCUUCAUCCCUAUCAAUAAUAUCAUCGUUGGCUCUGUUUAGGAUCAGUUAUCUUCCACAUGUCUCUACUUUUCUCACUGCCUGAAUAUGUGUGCCCAAGGGGUAUGAGUGGUUAAUUAAGAACGCAAGAAGUAUGAGAUAACUAAUUCAUUAAAUGACAAUUUUGUGCUAGUUGAGUAGAUUAUAUUUAGCUGACAGUGAACAAAUGCACAUAUGUCAAAGGUUAUGUACUCAAAGAGAUUUAACAGUUCUUUUUUGCGUUAAAAAAUAUGUAACAUUUGUUUGUCACUUUGGAUAUUUGAUGAUCAUAUUAGAAAAGAAAGGGAUACGAGACAGACAUAUUGGAAUUGGAUAUAAAUGUGUAAUGUUACUGCUGUUCAAAUUAAAAUUUGCGGUUUAUUGGUUUUUCA